AGCGCGUUGCUCUGGGCUUUGCUUUUUGGGGGGGUUUUGUUUUUUAAUCGUAAGAAUCUAUAAAACUAUUUUUGCUUCGGUCGUCUGUGUUUCUGGAGCGCAAAGCCCUCUGUCACUGGCCUCCCCUGGCCUGGGCGGCCCCCCGUUGCUCCGCUAGGGUGACAAUAGCUCAGGACAUGGGUCACCCGCCCGAGCCCGGCGCUCUUUUCAUUCUGCUGGGAGACCUCAGAUCCCGUAGACGCCAAAAUGGGGCACAGUAAGCAGGUCAGGAUUUUACUGCUGAACGAAAUGGAGAAGCUGGAGAAGACCCUCUUCAGGCUUGAGCAAGGGUUUGAACUGCAGUUUCGGUUGGGCCCGACGCUACAGGGAAAAGCAGUUACCGUGCAUACAAAUUACCCGCUUCCCGGGCAAACAUUUCAUCGAGAAAAAUUCCGCUCCCUGCAAUGGGAACACCCAUCGGGAAGAGAAGACGAUUCUGAUAAGCACUGUGCCCUUCACCUUCAACAGGCCGGGUCCUUUCAGUACCACUUCCUUCAGGGGAAUGAGAAGAGCGGUGAGGGUUACAUAGUUGUGGAUCCCAUUUUACGUGUGGGCGCUGAUGACCAGGUGUUGCCCUUGGACUGCGUUACUCUCCAGACCUUUUUAGCCAAGUGUCUGGGGCCCUUUGACGAAUGGGAAAGCCGGCUUAGGGUCGCCAAAGAGUCAGGUUACAACAUGAUUCACUUUACCCCCUUGCAGGCCCUCGGGCAGUCGCGGUCAUGCUACUCCCUUGCAGACCAGCUGGCAUUAAAUCCUGACUUUUCAAGACCUAAUAAAAAGUAUACCUGGGAUGACGUUGGGCAGCUGGUGGAAAAACUGAAAAAGGAAUGGAAUAUUCUUUGUAUUACCGAUGUUGUCUACAAUCACACUGCUACGAAUAGUAAAUGGAUCCAGAAACAUCCGGAAAGUGCCUAUAACCUCGUGAAUUCUCCGCACCUGAAACCCGCCUGGGUCCUAGACCGAGCCCUGUGGCACCUCUCCUGCGACGUGGCAGACGGGAAAUACAAGGAGAAAGGGGUGCCCGCUCUGAUCGAAAACGACCAUCAGAUGCAUUGCAUUCGGAAAAUAAUUUGGGAGGAUGUUUUCCCAAAGAUUCAGCUCUGGGAAUUUUUCCAAGUGGACACCGACAAAGCGGUUGAGCAGUUUCGAGGACUCCUCACAGCAGGGGGCAGGAAAGUGCCGGCCACGCCCGAUCCCCAGCGACACCUGAGGAUCGUCCAGGACCCCGAGUACCGGCGGCUUGGCUGCUCCGUGGACAUGAGCAUCGCCCUGGCCACCUUCGUCCCGCACGACAACGGGCCAGCCGCGGUUGAGGAAUGCUGCAACUGGUUCCGAAAGAGAAUUGAGGAAUUAAAUUCAGAGAAACGUCAGCUUGUGAACUCUCACCAGGAACAGGCAGUUAAUUGCAUUUUGGGAAAUGUGUUUUAUGAACGACUGGCUGGCCAUGGUCCCAAACUAGGACCUGUCACUAGGAAAGACCCUCUAGUUACCAGGUAUUUUACUUUCCCGUUUGAAGAAAUGACCCUCCCCGAAGAAGAAUCUGUGAUUCAUCUCCCAAAUAAAGCGUGUUUUCUGAUGGCGCAUAACGGAUGGGUCAUGGGGGACGAUCCCCUCCGAAACUUUGCUGAGCCCGGCUCAGCCGUUUACCUCCGGAGGGAACUCGUUUGCUGGGGAGACAGCGUGAAGCUGCGCUACGGGAACGGGCCCGAGGACUGCCCUUACCUCUGGGCCCACAUGAGAAAAUACACGGAAAUCACCGCCACCCAUUUCCAGGGCGUGCGGCUGGACAACUGCCACUCCACACCGCUGCACGUGGCCGAGUACAUGCUGGACGCUGCUAGGAAACUGCAGCCCAAUUUGUAUGUCGUGGCGGAACUGUUCACGGGAAGCGAGGACCUGGACAAUAUCUUCGUCACCAGGCUGGGCAUCAGCUCCUUAAUAAGAGAAGCAAUGAGUGCGCACAACAGUCACGAAGAGGGCAGGCUAGUUUACCGCUACGGCGGCGAGCCCGUCGGGUCCUUCGUUCAGCCCUGUCUGAGGCCUCUGAUGCCGGCCAUCGCCCAUGCCCUGUUCAUGGACGUCACCCACGACAACGAGUGUCCCAUCGUGCACAGAUCCGCCUAUGACGCCCUCCCAAGCUCCACGAUUGUCUCCAUGGCGUGCUGUGCAAGUGGCAGUACCAGGGGCUAUGAUGAAUUAGUACCCCAUCAGAUUUCAGUGGUUUCUGAAGAACGGUUGUACACGAAGUGGAACCCCGGAGCAUCGCCGUCGAACACAGGCGACGUCAAUCUCCAAAGUGGAAUCAUCGCGGCCAGGCGCGCGGUCAACAGGCUCCACCGCGAGCUCGGGGCCAGCGGCUUUAUCCAGGUGUACGUGGAUCAGGUGGACCAGGACAUCGUGGCGGUGACGAGACACUCCCCUAGCAGCCACCAGUCAAUCGUGGCUGUGUCGAGAACCGCUUUCCGGAACCCCAAGACCUCAUUCUACAGCAAGGAAGUGCCCCAAAUGUGCAUCCCCGGUAAGGUAGAAGAAGUAGUCCUUGAAGCUAGGACCGUGGAAAGAAACACAAAACCUUACAAGCGGGACGAAAGUUCAAUCAACGGGAUGCCCAAUAUCACAGUAGAGAUGAGAGAACACAUUCAGCUUAACGAAAGUAAAAUUGUUAAACAAGCUGGAAUUACCACAAAGGGGCCCAAUGAAUAUAUUCAAGAGAUAGAAUUUGAAAACUUGUCUCCAGGAAGCGUUAUUGUAUUCAGAGUCAGCCUUGACCCCCAUGCCCAGGUCGCUGUUGGGAUUCUCCGGAACCAUCUCACACAGUUCAGCCCUCACUUUAAGUCUGGGAGCCUCGUGGUCGACAACUCAGACCCCAUAUUGAAAGUUCCUUUUGCCUCCAUUGCCUCCAAAUUAACCCUGGCCGAUCUGAACCAGGUGCUCUACCGAUGCGAGUCGGAGGAACGGGAGGACGGGGGCGGGUGUUACGACAUCCCCGGCUGGUCGCCUCUCAAGUACGCAGGCCUUCAAGGGUUAAUGUCCGUACUGGCCGAAAUACGACCGAAGAACGACUUGGGGCACCCCUUCUGCGAUAACUUGCGAUCCGGGGACUGGAUGAUCGACUACGUGAGCAACCGGCUCAUUUCCCGGUCGGGGGCCGUUGCCGAGGUCGGUAGGUGGCUGCAGGCCAUGUUCUUCUACCUGAAGCAGAUCCCCCGCUACCUCAUCCCCUGUUACUUCGACGCCGUGCUGAUCGGCGUCUACACCACCCUGCUGGAUGCGGCGUGGAAGCAGAUGUCCAGCUUCGUCCAGAACGGUUCUACCUUCGUGAAGCACCUGUCCCUGGGCUCGGUCCAGCUGUGUGGGGUGGGAAGGUGCCCCUCCCUGCCCCGCCUCUCCCCGGCCCUGAAGGACGCCCCCUACAGGCUGAACGAGCUCACGAAGGAGAGGGAGCAGUGCUGCGUGACUCUGGCCGCAGGCUUGCCUCACUUCUCCUCCGGCAUUUUCCGCUGCUGGGGGCGGGACACUUUCAUCGCGCUCAGAGGCCUCCUGCUGAUCACCGGGCGCUACCUGGAGGCCAGGAACAUCAUCCUGGCCUUCGCGGGCGCCCUGCGGCACGGGCUCAUCCCCAACCUCCUGGGGGAGGGGACGCACGCCAGGUACAACUGCCGGGACGCCGUGUGGUGGUGGCUGCAGUGUGUGCAGGACUACUGCCGCCUGGCGCCCGGCGGCCUGGGCAUCCUCCGGUGCCCCGUGUCCAGGAUGUACCCCACGGACGACUCCGCCCCCUUGCCGGCCGGCGCAGCGGACCAGCCGCUGUUGGAGGUGAUCCAGGAGGCCAUGCAGAGGCACGCCCAGGGCAUCCGGUUCCGGGAGAGGAACGCGGGGCCGCAGAUCGACCGCAACAUGAAGGACGAAGGUUUUAACAUAACUGCAGGAGUGGACGAGGAAACGGGGUUUGUUUACGGAGGAAAUCGCUUUAACUGCGGCACCUGGAUGGACAAGAUGGGAGAGAGCGACAGGGCGCGGAACAGAGGCAUCCCCGCCACCCCCAGAGACGGGUCCGCCGUAGAGAUUGUGGGUCUGAGCAAGUCCGCCGUCCGAUGGCUGCUGGACUUGUCCCAAAAGAACAUCUUCCCCUACCGCGAAGUCACGGUGGAAAGACACGGAAAGGUCGUGAAAGUCUCCUACGAGGAGUGGAACAGGAAAAUACAGGACAACUUUGAGAAGCUGUUUUACGUGUCCGAAGACCCGUCCGACGUGAACGAGAAGAACCCCAGCCUGGUGCACAAGCGGGGCGUGUACAAGGACAGCUUCGGGGCGUCCAGCCCGUGGUGCGACUACCAGCUCCGGCCCAACUUCGCCGUCGCCAUGGUCGUGGCCCCUGAGCUCUUCACUGCAGAAAAGGCUUGGAAAGCUUUGGAGAUGGCGGAAAAAAAAUUGCUUGGUCCCCUUGGCAUGAAAACUUUGGAUCCGGACGACAUGGUUUACUGCGGAGUCUACGACAACGCCUUGGACAACGACAACUACAACCUCGCCAAGGGCUUCAAUUACCACCAAGGGCCUGAGUGGCUGUGGCCCGUUGGGUAUUUCCUUCGUGCAAAAUUACACUUUUCCAAGUUGAUGGGGCCAGAGGCCCACGCGAAGACCAUCUGUCUGGUUAAAAAUGUCCUUUCUCGGCAUUACGUUCAUCUUGAGCGAUCCCCGUGGAAAGGACUCCCGGAGCUGACCAACGAGAACGGCCAGCACUGCCCCUUCAGCUGCGAGACCCAGGCCUGGUCCAUCGCGACCGUGCUCGAGACGCUCUAUGACCUGUAGCCGACUGGGCGGGGCUUGUUAGGCGUGUCACCCGGGAGCUGUGGGAUGGAGGGACACAAGGUCACUGCUUCAGACGCACCCGCGGGGGUCACGUUGAAAGUCUCGCUCAUAUAAUAUUGAUGCUCAAUUAGGAAAGGGCUGUAAAAGCGUCGGUUUUUCUUUCUUUUUAUUUUAAUGUACAGAGGUAGCUUUUGAGUCAGAGAGAAAAUCAUCAUUGCCAGUGGAAUGUUUUUCUUUCUACUUCAGUAAGUGGUCUUCAGAUGCCUACAAAGAAUGAGCUUGAAAUCCCGAGUUUGAAUAAAGAGAAAUCAUGUAAAAUUCUACUUGUACAUAAGUGAAAAUGAAAUAUGAGAAUGUGGUAAUGAAAAAAUGGAGAAGUAUUUUUAAAUCGUGGGAUGUCUUUUCUGCAGUGACAGGAGGUGCCGAACAGGCCUCACCUCCGGCUGGCCUGUUCCCCGCACCUUCCGCCCGCGUCCCAGCCACUGUGCAGUGAGUGCUGAGCUGCGGAAGUGUCUGCCUGCAGCGCACCUGCCUACGGGGCACCGAGGGGCACAUGGGCUUUUAUUUUUUCACUGAUACAUUAAUGUGUUUUAUUAUAAUAAAUACCAACGGUAUAGUGAAGAUAAUGUACUUGUGCUAAUGACGCAUAGGGUGUAUUAAAAAACACAAAGCAUUAAGGAAUUUAUUUCCUAAAAACAGUUUUAUAAAGUUAGUCUUGAGUUUCAGUUUCCUACUAUGAGAUGGUUUACAUUUUUAAAAUGCAAAAUGUUGGGCAUAUUUAUGAGAACUUUAAAGAAGAAACACUAUAUUAAUUUUCUAAAACUUAAUAACUUUUUAGUUUGUGUGUGAGUGUUGAUAGGUCAUAGUAGAUUCUGGUUUCCUAUGAACCAUAACCUACCAUUGACAGGUGUGGCACUGAGAAUAAUCUUAAUACAACAAAAAUAGAGAUAUAAAUUCAGUAGUUAUCUUUAAUUCAGUAAAAUCACUUGAAGAGUUUUUCAUAUUACUUUAAGAUACCUUAAGUCUGAAAAAGUCAUGAAAGAAAACAGGUUUUUUAAACAUUUAUGUGAUCUGAUGUUUUUGAAUAGUACUUGUUUUCUAGGUGGAUUUUAAUUUCUUUUUUUUUUUCUUUUUUUUUACCACUUUACUGUUUUUGUCUGAAGAAAACAGUUAACAUAGAUUGUAAUACUUAUAGUUGCAAGCAAAUAGUUGCAAAAGUCCUCUCAUUACUGUAUAAUAUUAUUCAGCGGUACAUAGAGUUGGGAUAGUAACACUUCCUCAGUUAGAGGUCACACAGCCGACCCCCUCAGGUAUGACCAAGAGGCAAAAAUAAGAAAAACAUGUAAAUUAAAAGUUCUGGGCAGUAAAAACAUGUGAAUGCUUCCGAUGUCAGCCCCCCACGUGCGGCAGGGCUCCCCGGCUCCCCAGCCCGAAGCCGGGUGGUCCCUGCGCACCUGGGGCCGGGUGGUCCCUGCGCACCUGGGGCCGGGUGGUCCCUGCGCACCUGGGGCCGGGUGGUCCCUGCGCACCUGAGGCCGGCUGUGAUGAUCGGCUGGCUGUCGUCUGCAAGCGCCUUGGUUCCCAAGGUUUCCUUCCUCCUUGGCGCUCAGAGCGCACCUUUCUCUAACCUGCGGUGGGAGGAACGACCCUCCCGAGGGGGGAGAGGGGCAGGCCUCAGGGCUCGGGCAGCUCUUCCCCUCCUUUAGCUUCCACAGCGCAGGUGGGAGAAAAGUAGCGAAACCAGCGCAUUUGCCAAAAGCAAUAAGUACCGGCUGGCAGGUAAAUGUGACAAAUAAUAGGUUAGUUACGUAGUUAGUAAUAAAUAAUGAGUUGGCCAUGAUUAAAACAUGGCCAUGUUGGGUUCUCUAGUAGGGCAAAUACUCACCUUGGUAAAAUUUAAGACAUCAUGUUCUUGCGCCGGAAAAUUAAGCGGGUGUAUCUCUAGUACGGAAUAUUAAUGGAAGAAACUCGUAAUCUGCACGGUCCACGUAACGUUUCAGAAGGCACGGCCCCAUCACCUCAUCCAAGGCAAUGAAGUAACAGUGUCAGACUUUGGACGGACGGGUGUCACUCGGCUGAGAGACACUGGCACAGACGCUUCGCUCCUGACCGAUGCUGGGCGAGGUGCCCAGGUUCCAGCCGGUCGGUCUCGCUCUUUAACAUGAGAAGUGUGUGCGCGUGUAACCAGGACGCUGUGAUGACUUACCAAGACGCAGGUCCCUGAGGAACCCUGAGACCUGUCCUCCCUCUGGGCCGCGUAACCCGUGAACUGUAACCCAUUUCUGACACGUCUUCACCUGUUCCACCUGGUAGGCAAGUGCCGUUUUUGUGUCUGUGCCAAGAAAAUAAACAUCUUUUCUAAAGGUC